AUGCAUCUGGUAAGGCCUGGUCGAUCCCCAAAAGUGAAUGUGCAACAGUUCUUCAACUAUCCUGACAAAGAUCCUCAAUGGAUGACGGAACACAAAACGCCUAUGGUUUCGAACCAAUUUUUAGGCGCAGUCUGCGUGAAGCUCGGCUUCCACAAGCACAUCCGGCAGAAUAACGCAAAACUCACAGGCGAGAUCUGCGAAUAUGUUACCCGAAUCCAGGAAGUAGAGAGCGAGUCUAACGGGGCAGUUGAUUACUGGACCGCAGUGGACAGGGCCCCUAAGUGCCUGGCUGAUGUGGUCGAAGCCUACGUUGGCGCCAUCUUCGUCGACUCUGAGUUCAACUUCAGCGUCGUUCAAGAAUUUUUCGACAUGCAUCUCAAGCCGUUUUUCCUGGACAUGUAUAUCUAUGACGCAUACGCGAACCAGCACCCGCUCACUCGUAUCAAGAAGCGGCUUGAAGACGAGCUAGGGUGUAGGCAGCAUCGGAUUGCUACGCAUACAACAGACAAGACAAUUCCUCACGAGAGCGAUCGCGUCGUUGCGAUGCUCAUGAUUCACGAUAAGGUUCAUUUUCAUGGCGUUUCCGUUAGUGGUCGGUAUGCCAAGAAGAAAAUGGCAGAAGUUGCGCUUGCGGGCCUAGAUGGUCUGCCGGAGUAUGAGUUCAAGAGGCGAUACGGGUGCGAUUGCAACGAAUCGGUUCCGGAAGGCGAGGGACAAGAGGGGCUGUGA